AUGGAUAGACUUUGCCGCAAGCAAGAAACUCCCACGCCUUUUGGGUUGCGUUUUGAGGCAGAUAUGGGCACCAUCACCGGCGUUACAAGUUGUUCGCGGAAAGGGGAUAGCGUUAAUGAGUAUAGAACCGGCAUAGCAAUUUUGUUCGGUUUGCCCAAGAUUAUGACGCAGGCAAUCUUGGCUCAUGAGAUGAUGCAUGUAUGGUUUCGAUCGAAAGGUAUCAGAUUCGGGCAAGUGGAAGGGAAACUGGAAGAAGGAAUGUGUCAAGUAAUAGAAGGGAAACUGGAAGAAGGAAUGUGUCAAGUAAUAGGUUGGAAAUGGUUGGAUUGGCUGGACAGUGAAAUUACCCCAUCAUCAUCAGCAGCUACUAGUCAUGAGCAGGCUCAGUUUCUGAGAAAUUUAGUAGAAACAUACAAGUUUGUGGUGGAAAAUCAUGGCUCUGAUGAAUACGGCCAAGGAUUUAGAGAGGUUCAAUGGGCAGUUGCAAGAUUUGGCCUUGAAACUACAAUUAAUCAUAUGAUUACAAGGGGAAAGCUUCCAGAAGAAUGCCAGUCACACCCUAGCUAG